AUGCCUCUUAGGCCAUGUGCUCAGCGUCCAGUAGCAUCUUCUUUGCUCAUGAACAGAUUUAAUUCAACAUCAAAUAAUAAUGAAACUUUCCAAAACGAUUCUCAGCGUCCAGCUAGUACACAGGGAACUGGAAACAAAAACAAUCUUAGCAAAGAGCAAACCUUGGACUCAAACGAUUCUAUAGCCAAGAAGGAGAUUGACAUUGACGAGCUUUUGAGGAGUUCCAUUCCUGAUUUUGCUUUUGAAAAGGCCAAUACUGAUGAUAUUCUCCUAGAUGUCGAGGCAGAUCCAAGAUUAGUUGCUAAGCGUAUGAGAGUCAACGACCACAAUGCAGGAAGAAUAGUAGAUCUCAAGUUCAACAAUAUCUCGCAAGGUUUAGCAAUGAACAGAAGACUCGUGAAGGAAAAUAAGAUUAGAUACUUGGCUAAAGUACAAAAGAGAUUUAUCCGUCCAGGAAAGUACAAGGGUCAAUUGAGAAGAGAAUGGUGGAGAAGACAUUUCAAGAGUGGGUUCAGGGAUAUGCUUAGCCAAGUCAAUGAUGCUAGAAGAAGAGGCUACUAA